AUGCCACGUACACCGUGCAUACAACACGCAUGCAGCGCGCAUACAGCACGUAUGCAGUGCAUGUUGCGCACAGAUGGUGUGUAUAGUGUGCAUGCAUGUAGUAUAUGUGUGCUAAUGCAUAGAACACGCGCUGUAUGCACUAUAAUACUAUUAUGCUAUGCACACUGCGCGCUGUGCUGCACGCUAUGUGUUACACGCUGCGUGUACUACACGUUAUCUGUGCUAUAUACACUGUAUAUACACUGUAUAUACACAACCAUAUAUUAUAUACCACACACUAUACAUACACACUAUAAUCAUACACUAUAA